AGGCAGCCCGUCGCGAUCAACUUUCAAGUCGUGGUAAGUACAUGGCAAACCAAUGGAAAACAUCCGACAGUUGCUGAUAAAUGUCAACACUGACAUUGCCUCCAGGCGAGGACUGACAUUUUGUACCCACAUUGUCGCAUCUGACAAGCAUCUGAUGUUCCUUUUAGCAUCAGUCUGUCUAGCAUUAGUAUCGCCUUGACGACCCGCAUAUCCUGCCACGAGACUUCCCAGUACAAAAUGUAACCAUAAUCGAGUACAUUCACACAACCAUGCACAUGCCCAGAGACCCCUACAGGACGGACGAACCUGCUUCCCUUCUUUGGCUUGAACAGGUACUGAAUGCGGCUGUUCAUAUUGGCGCCAUGGCAUACGGCGGUCAGCUGAUAAUUGCUUUCCUUGCGGCGUAUCAUAUCCUGCAUUCGUCCAAGAAGCAUUACGUCUGGCAGACGAUAGUCUUUAUUUCUUUCAUCGUCGUCCUCUCCACUAUCUAUACAGCCUGCAACAUCCACUUCAAUGAGCUGGCGUGGAUCGAUGAACGCAACUACCCCGGAGGUCCCCUUGCUUACCAACUCGAGCAGCAGGACCAGAAGUUUCAAACGUUGGGAAACGCGGCUUCUGUUCUUCUCACUAUAUUGGCCGACCUUUGCAUGCUUUGGCGCUGCUAUGUCGUCUACCAUAAUCAGUGGAUGAUUAUCGUAGUUCCAGGAUUAGUUCUCUUGGCAGUAGCUAUAUUGGGCGUGUUCGUGGUCCUCAGACUUGCAACUCCGGGAGCCGGUCUCUGGGCGUCAGAGAUUGUUGAUCUUUCUGUCCCUUAUUGGUCUUUAGCGAUCUUUUUCAACCUCCUGGUGACUUUGAUGAUCGUUUCCCGCGUCCUUCUCAUGCGAAGGAAGAUUCAAUCUUCUCUGGGACCUCAGUAUGGUGGCGCAUAUACAGGAGUGGCCGCGAUGAUGAUCGAAUGUGCCAUCCCAUACGCGCUGGUCUCCUUUGUCUUCAUAAUAUUGUACGGUCUAAACAACACCGCCUCGAGCUUGUUUGUCCCGUUGAUGAUUAUGAUUGAGGGAAUAACGCCCCUGCUCAUCAUUUUACGAGUAGCUCGAGGGCAGGCAUUGUCGAAGGAGACCGUGGCCAGUGCCGGAGAAGUGUCCUUUAUUCGAUUUCGUAAGGGCGCUGCAUAGAAGAGUGCUGAUGGUGAUUUCACUCCGGUCAACAGCACUUCUACUCCGGUGCUCAAUAUCGCGAUGAAGGUUAUCCACGAAUCUUCAUCUCAGCUAUCGAAACCGCACGGUCUAUAGGUUCUCGCGAAUGCUAGCGCUUGCCGAUACCAGUCCUAAAUGCAGUAAAUUCGUGUAAAUUCGAUUUAAGAUCUGUAUCUAUGAAAUAUUUUGGCGAG